CUAUUAGGAACACAAAAAUUAAAUCAACUGGGCUGCUUUUUUAAGCCAAAUAUAAAAAUGGUGUGUUGUUGUCUUGUGUUAUAGUUUUGAAUGUUGCAUAAACGUUUUCUGCAAGAAAUCUUCAUUCAUAAAGUUUAUAUUUUUAUGGGGGAACAACUGCAGAAUUAUAAUAAUAAUUUCAAGGGAAAUGAUUUCUGAUCAUAAUUUUAAAUACACUGAAGGUCAAACAUAAUUUGACCCUAAAUGUCACUUGUAGAAAUCUUUGUCGUCUAAGUUCAUUCUUUUUAUCAUAAUACUUUUUUUUCUACUCAGUCAUUUCAUUUGUUAUGGUCAAAUUUGUGUAAACUAAAUUAAUUCUUGAAUAUUUUAAAGUUUUUUUAUUUAAUUUAUUCAGAUUAUAACAUGUUUUGGCCUUGACUUUAGUGGGUAACGCGUGCAACUGUAGCUUCAUUUAUCGAUUCAUUCUUACAGGUCUCUUUUUUUGUUUGUUUACAGACAAACUUUCAUAGUAAAUUUGGAUUUCUUGAGCUAAGAUUUAGUCAUGAACGUUGAAGACCAUAUCAUUUUAAACAACAAGGAUUUUAUCACCUUUUUUUUGGACAAAAAUUAACUCAAACAAGCUUGAAUUGUCUUUUCCAACAGUAAGACUCAGCAGAAAACAAUGGAACAAACGUUUCUCUUACUAUAUUCUGUUCCUGGUUUCUCUAUAUUGAUCAAAAAUCUGUAAAACAUAAAAAAUAAACAGGUGGAUCUGUUUGUUUUUUCCUGCAGUUACGGUUUUGGUUAGAGUAGCUCUGAACACGGCACAGACCUCAACAUGUUAAGUUACUGAUCUCAUCUCCUUUGGGUCAUGAAUGCUUGGCCUCUUUCAAUGAAUAACCCAGUCAGGUCUGGGACUCUGUUGCCCUCCAGCAGACCGGCAGAUAUUUAAGAGUCCUUCAGCUCCCCAUCGUCCUAUUGACUUUCUCUGUUUGGUUUUACGUCUGAUGGAUGGCGUCAGGAUCAGCCAAUGAGGACAUUCCUUUCCUGUCUGUGGACAACAGGUUUUGUUUAAGGUUGACAUGACGAAGAGAACUGGAGGAACAUAAAAGCUCUGCACAAGCAGAUUUGGGGAUUUAGAGCUCGACAGCAGAAUGUUGUAUUUUUUCGAUCUACUUAGAUAUUAUUACACUUCAUCAUUUGUGAUGUUAUCUUAAGUUACCUUAUAGCGAAGACCUUUUAGAUUAGGAGUAUGGCUGGUUUAAGAAACUGGAAGGAUCUAUGGAUGCUUUAUGAGACGGAGGAGCAAUAUACCAGGUUUCCUGAUCAAGCUUCCGGUGCCAGUCCUGCAGAGAAACUCGACCUCGAGCUGCUGCAGCGACUACUGAAUGCAUUCAAUUCUCCAAAAGUUGGACUGCAGACAAACACGUCAAAGGGAAGGAGCGGCGGUCCAGACAAACAGCCUGGAAUAAAGCUGGAAGAAUUCAAAAAGUCACUGAGUUCUGUGACUUGUAGUGAAGAAUCCUGGAUAGAAGAAUUGUUCUGUGAGAUUGACAUCAGCCACGCUGGGGAAGUAACAUGGCAGCAGCUGUGCUCUUAUUUACUUCAAGAGUACAAAGAAAGACAGCGAGCGUCCACUCCCCCAGCUGCUCUGCUGGACGCCCAGCCACAGUUCACACUCUGCUCCCAGAACAAGCGGGAGCCAACAGUUCGUAUUCUUUCCAUUUCCCAACAACCUCCACUCCGCUACAUCACUGUCAGUAAAGGGGGUCACAUCACCGUCUGGAGCAGCAGCCUGCGCAUCCUCCAAACCUUCAUGGUUUCUGGAGAUCCAGAACACUCAAGCAGGCUCAGAGGCUGGGUCACCGAUGCUGCGUACAUGAGAGGCCUCCACAGGGUUGCCAUAGUGACCGACCACAGGGAUGCACACUUUGUCAAAGUUUCUCCAACUGACAUUUUUGAGGACGUCCAUCUUUUUGGGUUUCGAUGUGUUCUCACAGCUGUUUGUUUUGGGUUUGACUCUCAGCGCCCAGAGCAACCCCCACUGCUGCUCCUGGGAGAUGAAAAAGGAGGAGUUCACUUGAUGUGGUUUCUGAACACAUCUAAAGGCCUUUUUAAGAGAGCAUCCAAGACAGAAAGAGGCCCACAAAGAAUACUUUUCUCAGACCUUGAUGAUCACGACAACAUGGUCUCCUGUCGUCACAUCGCCAACAUCCACAGAGCAGCAAUCAACAGGGUGAUGUUUGACCCCGGCGCCAAUGUCAUCAUGACAUCAUCGGAGAGUGAAACCACAUCUGUGGUCUUUAUGAAGGUGUCAAUGAAGCAGGAGCCAUAUAUUUGGAAAUUUAGCCAGGGAGCAUUGUGCUUUGACUACAGUUCCUCUCUGCAGCUGUUGGUCACGGGAGGUAAGGACAGAAAAAUCCGACUGUGGAGCCGAUAUGUGACCUUUAGUCCUUUAGCUGUGCUGCAGGGUCACCAGGCCUCUGUGAUGGAUGUUGCAAUCUAUCAGCCUGUUGAGCAGAUCUUCAGCUACUCCAGAGACUCUGAGCUGAGGGUUUGGGAUGUUUCCACUCAUGUCUGUCUGAAAACGAUCCCACUGCAGUUUCCGUGCUUGCAGCCCAGUCGCAUCCCCGAGCACGCCACUUUUCCUUUCCUGCUGCUGAGCCCCCCUUUUCCUGAGCAGACGUACCCUCAUUUAAUUGUGUGCUGCAAAGACUACCUGGCACGCUUCCGUUUGGCUAGAAAAGGAAGCAGAGUGGGUGGCUGGUUGACAGCUGAGGGAAGGGAAUUUGGAGGAGAAAGUUCUGGAUCUGUCUCCUGUACUCUGUACAACCCCACCCUGAGACAGGUGGUGACGGGACACAGCGACUCAUCAGUGUGCCUGUGGGACGUUCAGACCGGGAGGAUGGGUCUUUGCAUUUUCCAUGCUCAUGGAGAGAAAAGGCUCACCCGCAUGGAGCUGGACUCGUCUCACAGAAAGCUGAUCACUGCGGCUUCCAACGGCACCAUUAAGGUGUGGAAUUUACUGAAUGGCCACAACUUGCUCAAGCUGGAGCCUUUUUCAAACUCAGAGGUCACCGGCCUGGUCUGUCUCCAUGACAACCAGCUGCUUGCAGCGGGAUGGAGCCAGCAGAUUGUUCAGUACGACAUUGCAAAAGCCACGGACUCUGAAGUGAACAUAAAGAUCUCCUGGGAGUCCAGCGAGGUUUCCAAGUCCAACAUCGUGACCAUGGGCCUGUGUGCUUCUCUGGGAGUUGUUGCCACUGCAAAUCACGAUGGAGAUAUAAUAAUAUGGAGAAUAGACACACAAAAGCCUUUGCUCCAACUACACAAUGAAACACAAGAAAAAGAGCUUGUGGACAGCCUCCUCUUUCUCCAGCCUCAAGCUAGAAAUGAGGAGUCCAAAACUCAAGUUGUCCUGGUGUCCUCUCAAGCUGGCUGUGUGUGUUUCCGGAACAUCACUGGAGAACAUCAUGUUUAUGGAAAAUUCUAUGUUCCGGAGCAACUAGGCCAGCGUGUGCUUAGUCUGAGCUCAGAUCAGAAUAAAAACAGCAUCCUGGUCUCAGGUGACACAACGGGCUGCCUCCAGAUCUGGGACAUUUCUUCCUAUGCUCUGGAACUCCAACAUGAGCCGUUUUCAGAGAAACCGCCUCUGCUUCAAAGAUGGACGGCUUACAAAAUGCCACUGAGACAUGUUGAGGUUCUGGAGGUGGCGGACAUGCUGCUCAUCCUCGCAGCAUCAGACGAUGGUUCUGCUGGACUCUGGACAACAGGCGGCAAGCAUGUGGGUCAUUUUGGGCAGAAGGUGAUCCGGAAUAUCGCAGAUUCAACUACCUAUCUCAGGUGAAGCAGGAUGCUACAACAUUGAAGGAAAUGUUACCAGUUCAACAUGAACAAUAGCAUAAAAGACAAAGCUAAGGGAAUAAAGAAGAUAAAACAUUCAACGCAUGGUCUUUUGGAACUAAGAUUAACAUUACCUUUUGAUCAUUUAAAAUCAUUCACUAAAAUGGUUAUUUGAUCACUCAAACAGAAAUACUGGUUUAGGAAUAUAUAAAUAAAUAAAUAAAAGUAGUAGAAUUGUAAAAUAGGGUUCAAAUUGUCACUUUUCAACAAUGAAACAGUGAUGCUACGUUCAAAUCGGCCUCAGCAAUGCACGUUCAAACACCAGUUUCAAUUUAAAGUCUAUGUAAUCGCAUGUGAAUAUGCAUUUUUGGGCUUCCAUGUCCAAAAUUCUCAUGAUCAUCUGUCGCUACAAAAGACUGAACAAAAGUUCAGUCCAGUUUCGGGCUCCACGUAAUAAACGCGCAUCAUUAAACAAUUGAACCUGGUUAGACUUUGACCAAUCAGGGACUCUGAUUUAGUACUGACGUAUGAAUGGUUUCCAUUUGAAUUCAAUGCAAAUAACAAAACAAAACAAAAAACUGCACAAGUAGCACAAUGAUUCACAACCCAAAUGAUGAUACAAUAAUUCUUAUCCUAAUGACCUUCUUUCUCCAGAAUCCCGUUUCUUGGCAAAAAUGUUGUCUUUUUUUUAAACAUACUGCACAAAUGUUUUGCUUCAUUUUUUUUAUAACUUUGAACUUAUUUAUGCUGACAAACAACAAAGGUGUGUGUAGGAGACCCAUUCAAAAAAGGAAAUAAUUUAGCAAAUCAUGGAAAAUUGUAAGGAAUGUAUUUUUUACCAUUGUGCCUCCAAGUUUAAUCUUCAGCAGCUUUAAACAGUUUUAAAGCCUUCAUCUACUUAAAUAUUUUGCUUGAAUGAUCCAGACUAUUGCGACCUUUCUAAAAUGCAUAUUUUGACUCGCCAAAAUGGCUCACAUAGAGAACCUCUGUGUUUUCAGUCUGAAAAUUUCACGGCAACCUUUUUCAUUUGGAGGCUCUGACCUGUUUUCUUAGUGAAACUGAUAUCAUAAAAACCUUUUUUGGCCAGACCUUAAAAACAGUCCCAAAUUGAUUUACUUUAUUGACAUAUUUCCUUUUUCCCCCCGUCUCCUUCUGCUGCAGACAUGGCUCCAGAUUGCACGAGCCAACAGUUUCUGUGUUGGAUCUGUCGAAUAAGUCCCACAAAGUUGCUAACAUGUCUGGAGACUUAAUAUAAAUGUAAACAACUCAAUUUAGUCCUAACAAUUUCCACAUGGGAACUGCCAACAACUAACUGUUAAGCGUUUUGCACCACAGAACAAUGAAGAUGUCAGCUGUGUCUCCAUUUACAAAUCCCUUUGCAGGCGUGUCUGACACUGUAAAUGUGUGUUGUUAAUCAUGCACAUGUUGAAACAGAGGUUUAUAUUAUUUACUGAAGCAGGGUUAGCAUACAUGGAAGCAAGUAUAACCCUCAAACCUGUCUACUUUCAGGGUAUGGAUUUUUAUUAAUUCCAAUAAUCUCUCACAACACAACUCCGCUUCUAUGACCACAUGUUUCUACUGCUAUUUUUUCAUUUUUGAUUGCAAAACAGCUAUUUAAAAUGUCAGUGUUGAACAAUCUAGGUCAAUUAUGAGAGUUUCUGUGUAUCUCAAUGAGGGAAGUCGGAGCAUUCCUCACAUUCUCCUCCGCAAAUGUUUGGAGCUCCACUCUGAAACAUGUUAUGCCUAUAAGACGCUGCAAGAUUUUUAAAGGGACCAACAUUAACAAAGUUAAACUCUAUUUAUAUUAUCAUUAUUAAGUGUUUGUCAAAAAAAAUGUAUUUUGUUUUUAUAUUCGCUUACAGGGAGUUCACAAUUAUCCAGAUUUUGUCCUCCUUCAUUCCGCUUAAGCAUUCAUUCAUCAUUAUGGAGAAAUCUGAUUAAUUUGUUCCAGAAGACAGCAUAUCUGAGUUUAUAAAGAAAAGUCUUCAUUAAUUGUUGAAUCUAAUAGUUUAUAUUUCUCAUAGUUUAAAAUGAGUUCAGACAGUAAACUACUCAGAUGUGUCCGUUUUGUCAAAGAUCAGAACAGAAAAAAGGUGUUAAAGUCAGUAUUUUAACCAACUUAAGUGAUCGAUUUUGAUAGAACACACAAAAAAUAUAGAAUUUUAUUUGAUCUUAACCUCAAAAUUAUUCAUCUUUACUCAAAAUGUAUGGGAUUAACACCAGCAUGUGACGUGAUGAACAUGAAACAAAGAAAAAGAUAACUUGGCUGCGGAAUGAUUAUUUAACCUGCUUCAUAAAACGCUAAUGUUAAAAUAUGAGCUCUCAGAGAACACUUUAACAAUGUUUUCUACAAAGCUCUCUGUAAAAAGUGUUACUAGCUUUUUUUGGUUUUCCUCAGUGGCUGUGUUCAUUUUCCAGAUUUGUCUGGGUGUGGUAUCACAAACUAAUAGAGUUCAGCUUUCACUGUCUGGGAAGAAAAGUGAGUUUCUGUUUAAAAAUAGACAACAUGAACUUUGUUUUCCUGCCUUCCUGGUUUCGUUCCGACCCGAGUUAGAAAACGUCUGUCUGUAUGUGUUACUCUGUGACGAUGGGUUUCCACUUCAGAAUCAAGGUUUGAUGAGAAGUUGACACAUUUUCUACAUAGUGUUUCCCCUAAAUUAUCUUUUAGUUUAUGUUUCAUUUAGUUUUAGAACUUUCUGUGCUUACUUUUUAAAUAAUUUCAAUGUGUAAUAUAUAUUUAUUUUUAUUAGCCGGUAAUGGUUUACUAGCUCAGACAAAAUAUUGGUAAUAAAGUGAGUCUGUAAUGUGAAAGAAUACAGUAUAUAGCUAAAUCUGUGUUUGGAUUUGAUUAUAAAUAAUUCAAAAAUUGUGUCUAUUUCCGAUAUUUGUCAUUUGAAAGGAUUAACUGCAGUUUUCUUUUGUUUCUCUGAGGCCAAAAGGAAUACUUGGAUGUUACUUUAUCAAACCAACAGUGUAACAAGCCUUGCUCUCACUCAAAUGUUCAUGGGUGAGGUUAAAAAUAAACAUGAAAAUGUCUGUCAAGUUUUAGUUCAAACACUUGACUGCAGUGGAAAAUGUCAUGAAGUCAAGGAAAGAUGCGGAAACUUUAAGGAAAACAACAACUGUGCUUCAAGAAGUCGCGGAGUGCCGCGAUCAAACUAUACAAGAGGAGAAAACAUAAAGUGCUUUGUGUUCCUUGUUUAUGGCUGCCAUGACAACCAAGUGAAAGUGCAUCAACACUGCUAAGGUUUGUGAUCUUCAAAACAAAGAAGAGGAAUGAAGAUUAUGAGGUUCAUUUCAUUUAAUAAAGGUGUGUUUCAAUCCAUGGAAACUAUGCUCUUCUGCUCAGUUAAUUUCUUCCAUUAUAAAUACAGUUUAAAUUCUUGGGAGUUAUGCUGAUUUAUGGAUAUAUUUAAGACUAAUUAUAACCUAGAGGUCUCCAAAAGAAGGUAUGCUUUGCUGGUGAGUCCAAACAAACAAACAAAAAAUAGAUAAAAAUUAGAAGUUUUGUUAGAAAAUAAGUUUAAAAACACUAUUGAAUAUGACAAUACUAAUGUUAAACAUGGUGACACUGGUCCAGAAAGUCAAAUGAUUAUAAUAAUAAGCUUACUAACUAAAGUUUGACAAACACCAGAGUGCUGAGCAAGAAACACAUUUAAGGAAAAACAUAAAACUUGUCAAAUAUAGAGCUGUCAACUAACAAUGAUUUCAUUUGUCAUCUUUACAUUUUAGAAAAACUAAGAAAUGUAUUUUUUCUUUCAAGAAAGUUGUACAUCCUUUCAGAAAUCAGUAAAAAUAAAUAAAUGUGCGUUUUUUUAAUACAGAAAAGCAAAAGAGAAUCUCCUUUGGUGUUAAAUAAAUGGGAACAAGUUUCUACCUUUA